CGCUGUGGAGGAAGCGGGGAUAAGAUUGCUGUGAUUCUUGUAAGCUCUUACCAGUCGCCGACCAUCAUGAAGGAGACGAUGAUCGUCUUCAACACAGCUUCGAUCGUGCUCUUGGUGCUUGCCGCCCUCUACUCUCCGUGGAUGACCGUGUCUUCGGAUAGGGGUUUAACAUCUCGCCAGAGCUCCGCUGGAUAUCUAGAUCCAUACAAAUUCGCAUACGCCGUCAGGAAUCCGCUGCCUUUUCACUCCAAUUUCGGUCAAACUUCUUACUCCGUUGAAGGAUCGCCGUCCAACAUCCACAGCACGCGUGAAAGAGCUCCCAGAAAAGAGUCUGCCAAUAACAAAGGGUCGCGUGACACGCCAAACAGAUUUCGGUCGGCUUCAUCAAACUCCGGGAAAUGGUCCUCGGACGACGAGGAAUUUAUUGCGUCGUCUUCGAUACAGGGCGAGUCGACUUUUGGCGACAGAAUCGUUCCUAGACCGACAACAGGUAGGUCGCAACAGGCCAAGACUGUUAGGUCACAUCAACCGCAGCAGCAGCAAUUUUUUGUGACCAGUCCACCAACCCUCAGAGAAGAGAAGCGAAAUGAACUGAAUAACAAGGAAACCUUUGAUUUUUUUUCACCGGUUUCUGAACCUAAACCGACAACUUAUCGCCCGAUUGAAACCCGCUGGAAUGUUAACAGUGUUAACACCCAUCCAACGGCCGUCACAACUGAAGCUACAGUUUCAGUAAAGUACCAGGAUCAGCCAAAGAAUGUUAACUCCGAACAAGAUUACAGCAUCAAAUCCAAUAAGGAUCAGGACUCGAUUUCGUCUAUAAUCAAUAGUCAGAGAAACAAUAAUGACGAGUUUAAAGUUGAACAAAAGAGCGUCAAUUCUCCUUUAUUUCCACCACCUGCUAGCAUCUCGCAAUCCAACUCUCCAGCCAGCUUUUCCUAUUUUGAUUUCGGUUCCAACUCUACGCCUGAAAAACUGAUCGGAGGUGUCCCGAGUCCGUUCGUGGAGUCUGAUGAGCAGGCCGGCAAAGAAGCUGGAUCACCUGGAAGUGUGUCUUCUUUCAUCGAAAAUUUACACACAAAAUUCUCCCCUUUCUCACAGCUGGACAGUUUUAGUGCGGGCUAUUUUUCUACUCCGCUGACAACGGUUGAGAACACGGCCGAACGCCCUAUUACUUUCAAACAAGCUUCCAAAGUUCGUGAAAUUGAAUCGUUCUCGCAAGAUAUUUCUCCUUUCAUUCAAUCAGUUUCCACUGAACGAUCUACAUUCAUUCCUUCCCCGCAAAUCGAAUUAAUAAACGACUUCCUUCCGUCAAGAUAUCCGGAGUUAAAGCCACCUGGUAGGCAGCUGAAUUUCCGAUCCCCUUUGCCAACCAGCACAGAAAGCAUCGCACCGUUCUCACAGCCCAAGUUUCCCGAACCCUACAGGUUCGCCGGAUUUCUCCCGCGACCUUUGUCGGGCACAGGCGAUUCUUUCUCUCAAUUUCCCAAACCGAAUUUUCCUGCUUUUCCUCCUCUGUCGACCAAAACGAUAUACUUUGGCGGGAAUGCCAAUGAGCCUCCGUCGCAUUUGCAGAGCAACAUUGUCAACUUUAUUAAAUCAAAAGCCGUUUCCGAAGUUGAUUUGAAAGCGCCGAGUACUCUUGCCGAUGCCGGAUCCGGUUUUUAUCCCGGAAAUUUCCCCAAAUCUUUUGUGCCUUUCAAAAGUCUUUCGAACGCUCAGCUCGGCUUGCAAACGCAGACGAAUUUUGCCAAACAGCCAGCCUCAAAAGUGAACUUUCAAACGAUUCGCACUACGCCGCCUUCUAAUUUGGUGAAUCUGGGGCCUUCACCGCCGAAAACGAAUUUCCCUUCAGCCGCAACCAAUCCAGCCGUCUCGCAGAAAAACGAGAAACAGACGGUCCCCAUCAACAAUGUCAGAACACCACCUCGGCAACAGCCUAGCUCAGCUGCCCCACAUACUGAAAUCAGCAAAAUUCCUGGCACUACCCCUAAACCUUAUACACCUUUGUCGACUGCUAAGCCAUCCCGUUUCGUUGCUUCACCUUUGCUGUACACUAAACCAAUUAUUCCGGCAAAUCAAAUGCCGCUGGCUCGCCCCGUCCGAGUUCCGCAGCAGUUUAGUCAGCAAGUUCAUCCUCCUCAACAUUCUCCGACUGGGAAAGCCUCACCUCAACCAGCAUCAGGGUCUUAUUCGAAAUGGAAUAAUGACUUUAAUCCAUUUACACCAAUUGUCCGUCCCGUCAGCACUCGCGAAUCUUCCGGCUCAUUUGCUCCGCCGAGAAACCAAAGUCCUUCGAUUUCGCCGCAAAUAAGACAAAUUUUGCCAUCGCUAACUAAGAAUCCGGCACCGGUUCCAAUUUUGGCCCCUGUUCCAGUAUAUCUUCGACCCAGUAGUGUGACCGUGCCCCAAACUCCUUUAUCCAAGACUUAUUCAAUUCCCUUGGAAAAACCAGUUUAUUAUCACGCAUUUGUUUCUUAUGGUUGAUCACGAUGGCCGAUCAUUUUGUUUCUAUUAUAAUCACUCACUUGUUUUUAAUCUUUAAUGUCUAAAUUGUUUCUUAUGCCUUGGUUGAUUGCUCUAGAUGAGCUAAUCUGCUAACAAUGGCGAAUUAUUAUUGCGUUCUGUUUCAAGCCACGAUGCACUUAAGUAUCAGAAUUAUCAUUUAUGUAAGUCAUCUGGAAGAAUUGUUUCGUCAAGCUGUUGUCAACGCUGUAAAAAAAUUUAAUAAAAGCACUAUAGAUUUCCAA